GCAAGUACUUCUUCUCUCUCACAUAUUCUCUCCUUUCUCACCCAUCUCCUUUUUAUUAGUCUUCUUCCCAACAUCAUCCAAACUUAUCACACUCUCUUGAUUAGUUUUCUAAUGGGUAAGCUCCAGAAGAUUGGGAGAGUAUGGGAUUGUCUUUUCCUUCCUACAAAUCAGUGUUCAUGUUUCUGUCUAAACACACUAGGAGACGAUGAAGAAGAUGAAGAGUUUGAGAAGAAGCCAUUGAUAGAUUCUUCAACAGAGAAAUCUGGAAAAGUCAUGAGAUUAAAAGAUGUUGUAGCUGCUGAUCAUCGUCAGACUCUUGCCUUUCAUCUUAAGCCUAAGAUAGUGGAGCUAAAGGUGUCAAUGCAUUGCUACGGAUGUGCUAAGAAAGUCGAGAAGCAUAUUUCUAAAUUAGACGGAGUGACAUGGUACAAAGUCGAGCUAGAGAGCAAGAAGGUGGUGGUGAAAGGGAACAUAAUGCCAAUAGAUGUGUUAGAGAGUAUUUGUAAAGUCAAGAAUGCUCAGCUUUGGUCUUCUUCUUCUUCCUAAUAUCACACUCUUAAGUCUUAUCACUCUAGUCUUCUCUCUUCUUAUUUCACAUGGGCCUUUCAUGUCAAUCUCUAUCUUCAUGUUAUCAUUAUCUAGUUAUGUGCGUACAUACACAUGCAUGCAUCUCUAUCUCCUCUAAAUCUCUCUAUCCCUCAUUGUUCUUUUUUGGAUCCAUUAUAGGUUGUAAU